CCCCCGAGUGUGAAGCUUUCGCUGUCGCACUCUCGCAUAUCUGUCAGACUCUUGUUCCGUUGCUUUGUUUACUUCCGCGCUACAAUGAAAUGUGCAUACACGCGGUUCUACCCGGCCGACGCUUCUAAAGGUAAGUUCAUACGCGGUUCAGUUAAUUAUCUCGCUAAUUCUUUUCAGCUGGUGUUUUCGUAAUUCGCUUCGACCUUUCCGAAUCUAUUCUGCCUAUUCGAGUAAGAUUUCGAUGCGUGUAACUAUCUUCAAUCAACCGCACCACAUUCAUCGAAUCCGCAUUGUUAUCGGCGCUCCGGUGUUUAUCCUGUUUACCGUCUUCUUUGGCCGUUUCUAUUGGCAAAUAUGUACAACGCGGCGAAGUACCAAAUACCGUGUUUUCUAUGAAACGCAUUUCUAUACACGGUACCGCUGUCACUCGAAUUGGUUCCCUAAUUUCGACCUUUCUACGCUCUGCACCUUUGACGUCAAUGAUUCGCGGCGAAGAUCGUGCAUUCAACUCAACAGCCACGAGAUCGACGGAACUCUCGCGUACCCGUGUGUGGAAAGCUUGCAAAGAAACUCCUGGUGUAUUGGUCGCUAUCGGACAGGGCCCAUACGCUACCCAUCCUAGGCGAGUUUUUGAGACGAUCGGCUGCCCCCAUUUCCCUUCAACGCAUUUCAACGAACGCCCAAGGAUGCAAUUGUCGAUCCCUAUGAGGAUGCGUGGUGCUGCAUCCGCAUACGACGGCAGCUGAAGUCCCCGUAGGUGCUGAUAUUUUGCCGCAAGCUGGGAAGUGUUGACCGAUUGUCUCGGGAGAGCCAAUUCCUUAACGGUAUGAACGUCGGUUAGCAGAUACGGCGUGGCCGAACCCUGUCUACCCGAUAUUUUAACCGAGAGUUGUACCGAGUCCCUU